AUGCCACUAAAACGGUCGCCGCCGAUAAAUCCGUCGACGUCACGUAGUCCUUCAUUACAGCACUGUGACUCGGAACCAAAUUUAAAAUCAUCAGAAUGGGAAGCUUACAUCAACACAGCGGUUCGAAAGAGAAAAUUUUCCAAUUACUUGUCAGAUGAAUUCUCCGCCAUCCAGGAUAAAUUUACUGACAUGUUUAUGUCUCUCAAGAGUGAACAGGACUCUAAAUUAUCAAAAAUCUUAGAUUAUGUCGCUAAUAUUAAACAACAAAAUGAUGAUAUCAGGGAAUCUAUUACGUUUAUGUCUGAAAAAUAUGACACUUUAUUGUCGAGUGUACAAAGUUUACAAGAUGAAAAUAAAGCAUAUCGUAAGCGUAUAGAAAUGUUGGAAGAAAAAAUUGAAGGGCUUGAAAGAUCUUCACAUUCUUCUCGCAUAGAAUUGCGUAAUGUGCCUAAAAAGGACCGCGAAAGUAAAGAAGACCUACUAAAUAUUUUGGUAAAGACAGGUGAAGUGCUUGGAUCGACCUUACAACAUUCAGAUGUCAGAGAUAUUUUUCGAAUAAAUCAAAAAACAACGGUAAUAAAAUCAUAG